AUGGCCGACGUCAAGCCCCCCGUGCCAGCCAUCUCCCUCAAGAAUUUCGAGUCCCGGAGGGAUGAAAUCAUCAAAGAAUUACUCGCGGCAGCCGAGACGGCCGGAUUCUUCACUCUCGUAGACCACGGCAUUAGCAUCGAGGAAAUCAAUGCUCAAUUUGCGCUUUCGCGCGAGUAUUUCAACUUGCCGCAAGAGGUCAAAGGUAGGAUUCCCCACGACAUCAAGACCAACAAUGGAUGGGAGUACAAGUCGCAAAUCCGCCCGAGCACUGGUCUCCCUGACCAGAAGGAGUCGUUUUGGCUACAGCGCAACUCAAAAUGGCCAAGCGAUGAGGAGCUGCCCAACUUCAAGGCCACUACCAAGAAAUUCAUGUCCAAGUGUGAAGCCAUCUCCGAGAAAGUUUUGACCUGCUUCUCCAUCGGUCUUGGAUUCCCGGAAGAUCACUUUAUCAAGGCAAUGGACGUCACCGCGCCUGACAAUCUCACCCAACUGCGCAUGAUUCACUACAUGGCGUCCGAAAAUGCGGCCGGGACGUGGAGAGCUGGUAACCACACCGACGUUGGAUGUCUUACACUACUCUUCCAGCGGGAUGGAGAAGAUGGGCUAGAGAUCUGUCCUGGUCGAGAGAGUCAUAACGACCAUGCGAUUGGGGAUGUGUUCACGCCUCUGCCCGCCAAGACAGGGCCUAUCGUGGUCAAUAUCGGCGAUAUGCUUAUGGCUUGGUCCGACGACCGCCUCAAAGCUAACUUCCAUCGCGUUCGUGCGAAGGAUACGGGGAAGAGUCCUGACCGAUAUUCCAUUGCCUAUUUCAACACGGGCAGGAAGAACGUUGUGAUGCAGGGUCCAUUGAAGAAGUACCCCCCCGUCACCUGUGGCGAUUAUUUCCUCGGAAAGACUGAAUCGCAGUUCGGGUAA